UUCGGGUGCACAAAGAGCCUAGUCUAGCUAAGUAAAUUUGUUUGACAAUAUGAAGCUCGGAUUUCUGGGCCUUUUUGGCAUGGUGCUCAGUUUGCGGGCCCAUAUAUGUGCAAAUACUGUUGAUACGAAGAGUCUAUUACAAAAAAUGACGGACGCAAGGCUUCAAUUUGCCCUCAACCUGCUGCAAAUGGAAUCCACGCAUUUAAACCUGGAAAACUUUGCGAUGACGCCAUUUUCCACGUGGUCACUUAUGAUCAUGUUCUACGAGGGAGCAGAGGGGACUACCUUGAAGCAGAUACGUGAUGUCCUGGCGAUCUAUGUCGAUUAUCCAACACUGCGCAGGUGGUACGAGGAUGUCCGAGCUUAUCACUAUUUAAAUUCGGAAAACACAAAACUGUUUUCGCUGCGUUACGCUUACUACGACGAUGUAGGAGAUUUAGAACUCGUGAAAGGGUACAACAGUGUAGUCCUAGAAGGAGUAGGAGAAGGAAAUGUGGUUCUUCGAGAGGGUCGGCCAAGGGGUGUGGACUUCGACCAGGGGGCGAGUAUAAUUAUCAACGACGAUAUCGACAAAGCCUCUCAUGCGAAAAUCUUCAGUUCUUAUAGCCGUCGUUCGUUCAAUAGUACAGUAACUGUGCUGGGGAUUACUGUUAGCUACUUUAAGGCCAAAUGGAAGUAUCCAUUCGAUAAGUCCCAGACGAAAGUGGAACAGUUUUACAACGCCGGCGGCUCGCCGGCAGGUAAGGUGGAGAUGAUGGUGCAAACGGGGAAGUAUGCCUACGUCAAUAAUGUAAAGGGUCUGCAAGCGGAUGUCCUGGAGCUACCUUUUGGGGAACAUGAGCUAGUAAUGAUCGUCAUACUGCCGAAGCCUUCCCAGAGAGUAAGCCUGGUGCUCAAACAAUUGAAGAACCUGGGACUACAUCGCCUCCUUGAGGAACUCGAGGCCUCCAAGAAUGAAUCUGAUGUAGAAGUCAAGCUUCCCAAGUUCGAUACGCGAUCCGUACUUUCACUCGAAGAUACCGUAUAUGAGGCUGGACUAACGGAUCUGAGAAAUGAGUUCGCAGAUCUAGGUCGCAUGCUGAUUCCUACCGGGGACAGAGGUGCGUACCUCUCCCUCUACCACCAAUUCGCCAGGAUCGUCGUAGAUGAAGAGGGCUUGCCUAAUGCUGUUCCGCAGAAAUCUUCUGGAACAAAUAACAUCAAGUUCCAUAUAAACAGGCCGUUUGCAUACCUUGUCCUACAAAGAACACACAAAUUGCUCAUUCACUCCGGAGUCUUUCGGGAAGGUGAGAUCCAGUAAUGAAGAUAAGCAGAAAAUACAUUGGUCUUUUCUAUGACAAAUCACCCUAAAAACUUGUAUGUUGUUCGUAUAUAAUAGACAAUAAUAAGCAAUAAUUAAUAAUAAAAAUAUGACAACAUAAAUAAAGCCAAAAACUAUUU